CCCGAACAACAGCCCACCACCUUGUCGCAGUCAACAUGGCCGCCGAACUCAAGUACUACGAGCUCUACCGCCGAAGCAGUCUGGGCGGUGCCCUCACGGACACGCUGGACAACCUGAUCACCGAGCGCCGCAUCGAGCCCCAGCUGGCCAUGAAGAUCCUCACAAACUUCGACAAGGCGGUUGCCGAUGUGCUCGCAGACAAGGUCAAGGCGAGGCUGACGUUCAAGGGUCACCUUGACACCUACCGCUUCUGCGACGACGUUUGGACGUUCAUUAUCAAGGACAUCAACUUCAAGCUCGACAACACGAACCAGGUCCACGCCGAUCGCGUCAAGAUCGUCAGCUGUAACACGAAGCGUCCGGGCGAAGCCUAGAGCUGAGUCUCUGGCUUUGCUUAUACUUUGUGUUUGCUGAGUUGAUCUAGGCGAUGCGAAGAAGGUCGAAGAACAAAGGGCCCGUGAGAAAUUGAGAAUGCGAGAGAAGAGCACAUAGAAGGAGGACAUCAUGUACGAGCUCGCCGAGGAGAACAGAAUCUGGGCUAGCUGGAGGCCUAUUUGACAUUGAUUGGGCGUUAUGGAACAAGGUUGGACCUCGAUACCACGGGCAUGGUCUGGAGUUGGGGUUACGGCGCACAUCAUGAUUUACGUGGAGGAUGGCUACAUGCACAUGUGCAGAAAACAAUGAAGAUUGCAGAAUCAAUACUUGAGCAGAUAUACUCCAAACUCAACAUGCUGCUCUUCGUA